UUUCCCAGUUAUUACCAUUGUGCAACAACAAAAAAUGAGUAUUUUCAAAUUAGACUCGUAAAUAUUUGACAUGGAAUUAAGAUAACUGAUCAAUUUUGUCAAUUAUUAUUAUAGAUAAAUACACUAUUGCACGGGUAAAAUGAUAUUCAAAGUAUGCAACUACCAAAACAUAUCUCUCGGGUUCAUUAACUUUUUCGUCAUCCCUUGUAUAACAUCUAAUUUUAUAAAGGACAUAUGCAACCAACAAUACACCUAUUUUUUCCUUCAAAUAAACCGCAAAACUUUUUAAUAAAUGGAUAAAACAAUUGCUUGAUGUUUACACACUAGAUUAGGUUUCAACAUGAACUUUUCGCCAAAAAGGCAUGUAAAUAACCUCAAACGUUAAAGUGACAGCUGUCAGCGUCGUCGGUGGGAUGGAGCCCCCCGAGGUACGCCUCAGCGACGUGUGUCGCACUUGCCUUGUAAAAACCCCCGACAUGACAAAUUUCCACCCCAAAACAGAGGCCACAUCGCACAUAAUCGCAAUGUUGUCGUCGGUGGGCAACAUUGAGAUCGAAGUAAACGACUUGUUGCCGUCGUAUUUGUGUAAAAAUUGCGAAGAAAAAUUGAGGUUAUCUUAUGAUUUUCAACUGUUGAUACAAAGGUCGAACGAAAUCAUUCGAGAAUGUGUGAACGGAGUUAUGUCACAGGUUUCAGAGAGUGAGAAGAUUGAAAUCAGAGUUGAAAAUGGGAAAGAGCCGCGGAAACUGUCCGAGUUUUCGGCGUUUGAGGUCCAGGAAGCGAUAAAUGAGUGCCAGGAGAAGUUUUACGCGAAUGUUGAGUGUAUUAAAUGCGGGUUUGUGACGAGUAAUUCGCGGGCCCUGUCGGUGCACAUGUCUUAUUUGCACAAGGAAAUAAAGGAGCGGUGGUGCUCCAUUUGCAACAACGAAGUUGAAGAUUUGGAAAAACACACUUUGAGUCAUGUCAAUAGCGACUUUAAGUGCAAAUUUUGCGGGAGAACAUUCAUGUCACGGGGGAAUUACACAGAACACUUGCGGUGCCACUCCAGUUUAAAACCGUACAAUUGUCAUAUUUGCCAUAAGAAUUUUACAGCAAAGAGACACUUAAAUAAGCAUUUGCGAGUCCACUCCGAUGAUCGGUUGUACAAGUGCCCAAAAUGUCCCCAGAAUUUUUCAAUGAAAAGUUCCUUCGUUGCUCACCUUACUACACAUGGCCUGGGGCAAGCCCCAAAACUGCCUCAAUUACAAAAUUUUUGCACGAUUUGUGAUAAACGUGUGCGAAGUUUGGACACCCAUACCAGAAAAUGUCACAGUUCCGAAUCGAAGAAAGCAAACGACGGGUGUUUGUGCACCCUUUGCGGCAAAAAAUUCAGUUCGUUGUCAAGGUUUCGUGUGCACAUGCGCACCCACACCGGGGAAGCCCCUUACAAAUGCCGUUUUUGUGAUAAACGAACCACCGCUCGCAACCAUAUGGUAGUCCACGAACGAAUCCACACGGGGGAAAAACCACACAUUUGUACCAUCUGCGGCAAGGCUUUCGCCCAAUCGAGUGUCCUCAACACUCACAUGAAAAUCCACACAGGCCGACCAAUCGCGUGCGAGAUUUGCGCGAAACGGUUUUGUAGACCCGCCCAUUUGCGACUGCACAUGCGCAAACACACCGGGGAAAAACCGUACCAGUGCACGAAGUGUGAACAGGCCUUUAGACAACGGAGUCAUUUAACUGAGCAUUUGAAAACGCACAGUGAGGAAAGGCCGCAUAAAUGCCCUCAUUGUGAAAAAGGAUUUAAGCAAGUUUCGACCCUAAAGUCGCACAUUCAGAUACAUUUGGGAACUAAACCGUUUAAGUGUAGUCAGUGUCCGUAUGCCUGCAGGCAGAGCUAUAGUCUCACACAACAUAUGAAACAGCACAGUUUGGAUGCCCCAAGGACCGAAAAACCGCAUUUUUGCUCCUUGUGCCAGAAAGGGUUUACAACAGUGGCGAUGCUGACGUCACAUAAUACUCAAGUACAUGGGUUUUAAGGUGAGACUUUUUCUUAUCAAGGACACAAACCAAAAACAACAGUUUAUUACUUAUAGACUACUUUUGUAUCAUACAAAUAAAUUAAUUACUCGAAA